CCCACCAUCUUAAUCACCCCAUUAUAAUUCAAGCUUCUAUCCAAUAGAAUAACAAGAAUCUCUAUCUGCUCGAGCCUCACCAUCGUCAUUGAUACCAAGCUCAGUUUCUGUUGGAUUCUAAUCUAAAACCCACCUCCUACAGUAGUGUUGAGAAUUUCUAAACGCCGAAUCAAGAAACCAAAUCAGGAAAGCUUCUUAAAAUAUCAAAGCUGAUACACUACCACGGCUUCUAAAUCAUGACAACACCAACACUAGAGCCACCCAGAUCCGUAAGAUCGCGCCUCGAAGCAUGGGGAAAUUCACCAUUCGCCCCCACGGGUCUCGCGACCUUAAUAACGGCCGUGCACUCUCGCCCGCUGCAAAUUCGACCCAUGCUUUUCGUACCUAUCCUAUUAUUUUCUAGUUAUGCGAAUCUCCAAGGCUUCAAAAUCGAUAGCGCAGGCAUCACCGCCGCCGCCAGCGGCACCUACGCCCUACUCGCCAUGAGAAGGCGGCCUAGCACUUUCAUGAAUCGCUUCUCUGUCCGGGGGCUAGUUAGGGGUUCUGCCGUUGGUAUAGCAAUCGUCAACACUAUUGCCGCGGGGUGGGUAUAUGCCACAGGCGAUCGGGAGAGGGAGAAGGCCGAGAGGACAGAAAACCCGCGUUGGGUCUAGUAGGGACGAGUAGGGAUUCUGGCGGGAAUGUUAGGUAUAGACAAAAGAAAAUGAAUAUGAUACUGUACGAAUAUCACACAGGGGGGAGGGUCUAGAGAUCGCUUGUACAUAUAUCUACCUGUACGUAUAUAAAAGCUAGACUGGGCGUAUCACGGAAUACAAAGUCACACAUCA